ACUCUCUUCCGAAUGAGUGGGGGCCUUUUUAAAAACCGAAUGCUCCUUGGCAUUAUUAACUCUUCAGGGUAGAUACCUGGGAGCAAAAAUCUGCAAUCUGUUUUAACAAAGGAGCUGGACCCGUGAUGCAGAUCUAUUUGUAACCAUUCUCUAAGAUGCCAAGUAAGGGUAUUUUUUAGCCCUUUAACCAGAGAAGCCAGGAACUGAAUUCUGUUCUGUUUGCAUGCAAAGCAUACAUCACUAUGUGGUCUCCUAUUUCUGUAGGUCAUGUGGACUUGCUUGGGAAUCAAAGCUAGGAUUUCAUUGGUUCACCAAGGUUGUAAUCCCAAACAUUUACCAGAAAGUAAAUUCUACUGAAUUUAGUGGGAUUUACUCAAUUAACUAUGUUUAGUAUUAGACUAAAUGGGAACGUAUUAUGUAUAUAUUGUAAAAUACUACUAAAGUCUGAAACGCCAUAUCAUUAAAGUUUGUGGGACCACUUCAGAGGUAACCAAGGAAAAAUAAAUCGCAUGUGGGAUGUGGCCUAGCAGUGAGAUUAAGAAAUAAUAUACUUGGUACACAUAUAGCACAAUCCAGUACAUGCCCAUUCAGAAAUAAACCCAUUGAGUUUUAGUCAGUUUACUCCCAGAUAAGUGAGUGCAGGAUUGCAGUCCUGAAAUGGUUUGAACGGCACUGAUUUCAAAGUGACUUUUCCCCAUUUAUAGGCGGACCUUUAGUACAUUUACUGAGAAGUAAAUUCUGCUGAGUUCAGUGAUUCUUACUUCCCUGUAAAUGGGCCUAGGAUUACAGCCUUUACUCUCCCCUUUCAAUGCAUAUUUGUAGACCAUAUGGGAAUUUUAACGCAGGGCGCUUAACCAUUUCUGCUACUUACUAUUAUUAUUUGUAUAUGACAUCAGAAAACCGGUUAACAGCCGAGUCCUCUGCAUGCUUACUCGGGAGAAAACCCUACAGCGUUCAGCGGUGUUCAUUCCGCAGUGAGGCUGCAAUCCUGCCGACACUCAUGGGAAGAACGCGCCGCUAAAUCGAGGGGCAUUUUGUUGCAGAGUAAACCACCUGCUGCUGCUGCAACAACACAGCGGGCCGCGCGCGUGCAUGCAUGCAUGCUUCCUCCAAGGAAAGCACCCGACGUUAAUUGGCGCUUGUUGCGAAGUAAGCGCUCCUAGGCUUGCAAAGCUCGCUCCACGAGACCCGCACAGCUGUGGCGAGUGACUCUCGUUUGGGUCUCCCGGGAGAGGAGGCGGCCCGCCCAGCGGGCUAUUUAAGCCUCGUCCGUGAUGAGCGCAGCCCGGGGCAAUGGCCGCUUUGGUGGACGACGCCAUGGAGAGCUACUCGUCGUACCCUUCCUACAACCCUUACUCCUACCGCUACCCGAGAGGCAAAGGCGGGCAGGGUCCUUGGAGGCAGCGGGGCGGCUACUUCUCCGGUUAUGGCGAGACGGCGGCGGUGGCGGCCGCGGCGGCCGAGUACUUCGACAACUACCAGCGGGCGCAGCUGAAAGCCAUCCUGUCCCAGGUGAACCCCAACCUGACUCCCCGCCUGCGCAAGGCCAACACCAAGGAGGUGGGCGUGCAAGUCAACCCGCGCCAGGACGCCUCGGUGCAGUGCUCGCUCGGGCCGCGGCCGCUCUUCUUGCGCCGCCGCGCCGUCGAGCAGGAGCAAGGCAGCCCCGUCAGCGGCGGCUGCCGCUCCGUGCGCUUCCCCAGGACCAUCGCCGUCUACUCGCCCGUGGCUCCGCGGCGCCUCACCACCUUCCUGGAGGAAGCCGAGCCGCCCGACGGCCCCGCCGCGGCCUCGACGACGCCGAAAGCCGACGAGGCGCGCGCCGGCGGGGAGAAGGCUGAGGGCCCCGCCGACCUGCAAGAGGAGCAGCGGCCGCCGCGCCCCAAGGCCGAGAGCAAGGAGGGCUCGGGCCCAGCACCCGAGGGCGGCCUGGAACAGCCGGAGAAGCCUCGGGAGGACGGCGAGGGGGCGCCGCCCCAGCCAGAGGAGAAGCGGGGAGACGAGGCCGCGGAGAAGCCCUCGGAGGGGCCUCGAGAGGAAAGCAAGGCCCGCGUGCGCUUCCAGUUCCUAGAGCAGAAGUAUGGCUAUUACCACUGCAAGGACUGCAACAUCCGCUGGGAGAGUGCCUAUGUAUGGUGUGUGCAGGGCACAAACAAGGUUUAUUUUAGGCAGUUCUGCCGAACCUGCCAGAAAUCCUACAAUCCCUACCGUGUGGAGGAUAUCACCUGCCAAAGUUGCAAGCAGACACGGUGCGUCUGUCCUGUGAAAUUGCGCCAUGUAGAUCCCAAGAGACCCCACCGUCAGGAUCUCUGUGGAAGGUGCAAAGGCAAACGUCUCUCUUGUGAUAGUACAUUUAGUUUUAAAUAUAUUAUUUGAGCAGGAUAGUAGCGAAAGAAUCCUUAAUACAAAUUUGCGAUGACGCAGAUAUUUUGUUUGGAAACAGCAGGCUGCAGCAGUGGGAAGCCUGCCAAUGAAGCUGUAGUAAAGCAAUUGUGAAUCCUAAUGCAACCUAAUGUCCACUUCAUUUUUUGUAAUUGUAUUAAGGGGGAGGGACUCUGCCUGGCAUACUGUGACUCAGCUAGAUUUUUUUGGAGAGAAGACUUGAAAAGCAAGUUCAGCAAAAAGAGGGUGGUGUUGCUGGUGAUGGGAGAGCCUUAUUUAAACCUUCCUACCCAUCUGUGUGGAGGAAUGUGUACCAGGCUUUUCCUUGUUACCCUCUUGCUAUGAAAUGCUUCUAUGUAGAACCUAAUGCACACUUAAGUGGCCCCAAACUGGGAAAUGUAAUUGUAUGUAUGAGUUUCACGUUGACAAUUGCUCUGUACAGGGCAGGUAAAGUUAUGGGAAAUAGUUAAAAUUUCUGGAUAAUCAAAUAUAUAACUGAUAUGAAAAGGGGUGGAAUAGCAGUGAAUUGUUUAAUGCUAGAAGUAGGAGGCAGUGACGUAUAGUCCUUUAGAUUUCUUCAACUGAGAUGUACUUGAAUGGUGCUGGGUAAAAACUAGACAAUUGUUCUGGAUCUAAGUUGUAUGCAUAACUGAAUAUUGAUAGGUACAGUGGGUACACUAUUUGGUACAAUGAGAGAACUAUUUCCAACCAAUGCCAGUUUAAGUUUGUAGGUGAGUGGCAGGAUAUGUCUAAUGGCUGGCCAUCAUCCAAAAUUGAGAGAUUAAGAUUCUGUGUCUUGAGCCAAGACAGUGAAUGGCAUGCUUCUAAACGUUACCUACAACUUUCAUGAUGAGGCGCUAUCUGAGUGAAUGUAUAAAUAAAGGGAUUGUGAUGCUUCA